CAGUGGUUGAAGCUGAUAAGCUUUUACAAAUGUAUUAUUAUGAGGGAGUUCCCGACAUUCUGCGCAAAUAUGGGCCAACAUAAGAAUCCGGUCUCAGUUGCGCCGCGUAUAGGAGCUCGGAACAUUCAGAAAUGAGUGGGAUAGACGACGAAGCUUCUGCAAUAGCUAAUGCUACCGCAGGCACUAAGAGAAGUAACGAUGGAGGCGCUGGUGAACAAGUGUCGAGACUCAAGGGGCGUAAAAUCGCAAAAUUGGAUCGGACAACUUGCUCAGCUGGACCUUCAACUACUCAUCCAGCCACCACAAUCUUUGCACUAAACACCUAUUGCUGGGAUAUGAUACUGUCCUAUUUGAGCCUGAGUGAGCAACUACAUCUCGCUGCCUUAAGUCAUCAGCUAAAAAUGCUUAUCGAAUCGCUGCAACACAGGUACAAUAUCAUUGAAGAAAGCGUCACCGGAAGUAUCGGCGAAUCGGAGCUGCAACAACUACUGGACAUAGUCAGAGAGCACGUGAUCAGCUAUGAGUCGCCAUUGGAUCCGCUUUCUGGGCAGGAUCGGCAUUUGUGGAUGUUGCGGGACUACUGCCCAAACCUGCGACACCUCAAAAUGUCUUUUCGACGCCCCCGAUGGCACGAUUUGUUGCAAUUGAAGAAUCUAACAUCGUUACAUGCUAGCCUGCACUUCUCGAAUGCUGGUCUUUAUAAGAAUUUUAUAAUUAGCCUAAGCGCUUUGCCGCACCUGAAGAAAUUGAAAUUGGAGGCGACAUCCUACACGGGCGACGGACUACAUGCCCUGGAUAAAUUGGAGUACCUGGAGAUUGGCAACCAGCAUGGAUUCGAUGCCAGCAUUUUGGCCUCGUGCUGCAUGACAAUGAAGAAGUUGUGCCACCUUAACAUGGGUGAAAACACCGCCAACCUGGAAGGGGAAGACUUUCGGGUAAUUGUAAGAAGGGGCCACAAUCUGGAAAGGCUCGCCUUUACGAUAAUACAUUUGAAAGAAAAUGUACCCUACGAUACUGUCCACCAGCUUCCCAAAUUGAAACACUUGCAGCUGUGGCAUUGGGACAUUAAUGCCAGUUUCAUCGAGAAACUCAUUCAAAAACCGGGCACUCCGUUGGAAAGUCUUAUUUUGGUGGGAGAUACCCUGGAACCGGAACAAGUAUAUCAUAUCUGCGAGAUAUCUUCACUUCGGGAGCUGUCUGUCGCAUGCAGAACAGAUGCAGCAAGAAGUUUUCUACGUCUGAAGCAUUUAGAAAUCUUGGACGUGAAAAUGUCAGAUGUCAGCAACGAUGAGCUGCUUGCGCUUCUGGAAGGAUGUGCUCUUUUAAACGUACUUGGUGUCCGAUAUUGCAGGCUAGUCACCUCUGAAUUUGUGUUAAAAGCUUUAAGUUUGUACAGUGACAGAAAAAUUAAAAUAUAUUUGCAUGAGUCAUCUGUUGAUUGGUGCCUUCUUCAUCUUCCGGUUCUGAAUGGCAAUACGAACAUUCAGUUCAUAAACGGCUAUCUAAAGAGUCCCAUAUUGAUUAACAACGGCUAAAUACAAACGAACAGAACUUUUUGUUAGUUAAUAAAAAAACGUUUGGCUUUUGCCAAAUAUUGCCCUACUAUAUUGGUAAGGUAUGUACAUAUUUAUGCCUUAUUUCUUGCGGAGCACGGAGGAAAUGGAUAUGAUGUAGGCGAACGGGAUUCAUUCCAGUUUAUUAUUAAUUAACCCUAUAAGGUAUUCUAUGUAUAUUUCCAGAGAUGAUGACAUUUACAGGCUGCCGGGGCUCACGAUAUUAUAGAAUGCUACCUGGUCUCCAGGACAUCGAGAUCGCAAAGGUCAGCAAUUGUGUGCAGGAUCACAAUGAUGGUUAGCUCAUUGUGUUCGUACUUCUUUGGGUUCCUAACUGAAUUCGUUUUUAGGCCGGCAGUUGCGAAAUGUCUCGUGCAAAACAAUGCAAAAUCCGAUACACCUUUUCUUUAUUAUCUUAGGGCGUCGCAGCUGCUCUAGAAAACAUGCACAAAAUAUUCGGGGCAAUAGUCAUACAUAUUUGCUGAAUUAAGUCAACAUUUUGUAAGAAGCAAUAUAUAUUUAAUAGUUAUAACAAAUAUGCUGUAAAUAUUAAGCCACGUUAUGUAAUAUUUUCAAAUUUAAAAGGGUUAAACAAAAAAUUAAAAAGUCAGGACACAU